UCAACAGAACGAAAGACACUACCAAGACCAUACUAUAAGCUAGGAGCAACACCGUGAGGGCUUUGGCAAUGGCGAGGCGCCUGGGAGUCGUGCUGGUUGUGGCGGCGGUCGUUCUUCUCCUUGUCACCGCCACCGCCGCCCGGUCCGACAAGCUGAAGGCGCCCAAGGAAGACAAGCCGAAGGGGCCUGCUGAGAGGCCGCCCAAGGCCCAGGGGCCCAAGCUGAAGGAGCCCAAGGAAGACAAGCCGAAGGGGCCUGCUGAGAGGCCGCCCAAGGCCCAAGGGCCGAAGUCGAAGGCGAAGCCGAUGCACGUUAAGUGCAGCGAGAACUGCAAGAAGGACCUCAAAAUCACUAGUUAAUGCUUAUGCUUGCAAAAGUAACAUCCCACCAGCGCACUACAUGUGCGCCACUUGUCGCAACCUUGUAGUUUUUUUUUUCGUAUUUGUUUUUUCAAUAAGGUUCAUCUCUUGAACCGUGUAUCCAAAUUCUGAACCAUUUUAAUCAUUUGAUUUUCCG